AUGACAGCCUCCGUGCUCCUCCACCCCCGCUGGAUCGAGCCCACCGUCAUGUUUCUCUACGACAACGGCGGCGGCCUGGUGGCCGACGAGCUCAACAAGAACAUGGAAGGGGCGGCGGCGGCGGCGGCGGCGGCGGCCGCGGCGGCGGCGGCCGGGGCCGGGGGCGGGGGCUUCCCCCACCCGGCGGCCGCGGCCGCGGGGGGCAACUUCUCCGUGGCGGCGGCGGCCGCGGCGGCGGCGGCGGCCGCAGCCAACCAGUGCCGCAACCUGAUGGCGCACCCGGCGCCGCUGGCGCCCGGCGCCGCGGCCGCCUACAGCAGCGCGCCCGGGGAGGCGCCCCCGUCGGCCGCCGCCGCCGCUGCCGCCGCCGCCGCCGCAGCAGCAGCGGCGGCGGCGGCCUCGUCCUCGGGAGGACCCGGCCCCGCGGGCCCAGCGGGCGCCGAGGCCGCCAAGCAGUGCAGUCCCUGCUCGGCGGCGGCGCAGAGCUCGUCGGGGCCCGCAGCGCUGCCCUACGGCUAUUUCGGCAGCGGCUACUACCCUUGCGCCCGCAUGGGCCCGCACCCCAACGCCAUCAAGUCGUGCGCGCAGCCCGCCUCGGCCGCCGCUGCUGCUUUCGCGGACAAGUACAUGGACACCGCCGGCCCCGCGGCCGAGGAGUUCAGCUCCCGCGCUAAGGAGUUCGCCUUCUACCACCAGGGCUACGCGCCCGGGCCUUACCACCACCAUCAGCCCGUGCCUGGCUACCUGGAUAUGCCGGUGGUGCCGGGCCUCGGGGGCCCAGGAGAGUCGCGCCACGAGCCCGUGGGUCUUCCCAUGGAAAGCUACCAGCCCUGGGCGCUGCCCAACGGCUGGAACGGCCAAAUGUACUGCCCCAAAGAGCAGGCGCAGCCUCCCCACCUCUGGAAGUCCACUCUGCCCGACGUGGUCUCUCAUCCCUCAGAUGCCAGCUCCUACAGGCGGGGGAGAAAGAAGCGCGUCCCUUACACCAAGGUUCAAUUAAAAGAACUCGAACGGGAAUACGCUACAAACAAAUUCAUUACCAAGGACAAACGGAGGCGGAUAUCAGCCACCACGAAUCUCUCGGAGCGGCAGGUUACAAUCUGGUUCCAGAACAGGAGGGUCAAAGAGAAAAAAGUUAUCAACAAACUGAAGACCACUAGUUAA